AACAUCGCCACAAGCUUCCCGCCCAGUUCGGUUGGUUGGGCUUCCUCUGUCCAAGCUCGAUUGCUAUAUAACAAUGGCGGAAGCUCCAUCCUUCAUCACUCAGAGCAAAAAGCUUCCCCAAUUCGAAUUCCUCUCUCAAAAGAGAAAGAAAUACGGCCAACUGAAUGAAGCAUCUGUUCACUGACUUUGUGCGUGUAUAUAUCACAUGUACAUUCUGAAAUAAACUGGGCGGAUCGUGAUUAGGUUUUUGCAGGUGUUCGUCUUCGAGAGCCUCUGUGUAUCUUCUUCUUCUUCGCUGUCACCGAUUCCGGUUUCGAAAUUACGUACAGAGGGGUAGAGAGAGAGAGCGAGUGAAUUGAGAGAACAUGGCGGAGCGAGGUCUCAGCUUGGAGGAAAUCAAGAACGAGAAUGUCGAUCUCGAGCAUAUUCCGGUUGCGGAAGUGUUCGAGCAAUUGAAGUGUUCGAGGGAGGGCUUAACGAGCGAGGAAGGGCAGCAGAGGCUCCAAAUCUUUGGCCAGAAUAAGCUCGAGGAGAAACAGGAAAGUAAGUUACUGAAAUUCUUGGGUUUCAUGUGGAAUCCUCUGUCAUGGGUUAUGGAGAUUGCAGCCAUCAUGGCCAUUGCUUUGGCCAACGGAGGGGGGAAGCCCCCAGAUUGGCAAGAUUUCGUCGGCAUUGUGGUGCUGCUCAUCAUCAACUCUACCAUAAGCUUUGUUGAGGAAAAUAAUGCUGGUAAUGCUGCAGCGGCACUAAUGGCGGGUCUUGCUCCCAAAACAAAGGUGUUGAGAGAUGGGAGAUGGAGCGAGCAGGACGCUUCCAUCCUGGUACCGGGUGACAUAAUUAGCAUCAAGCUGGGAGAUAUCAUCCCAGCCGAUGCUCGUCUCUUGGAAGGCGAUCCGCUCAAGAUCGAUCAGUCUGCCCUGACUGGGGAGUCCUUGCCAGUGAAUAAGAACCCGGGCGAUGAAGUGUUUUCAGGUUCCACCUGUAAGCAGGGUGAGCUUGAGGCCAUUGUGAUUGCCACUGGAGUCCAUACCUUUUUUGGCAAGGCCGCUCACCUUGUUGACAGCACCAACCAAGUAGGCCAUUUCCAAAAGGUCCUGACAGCCAUUGGGAACUUCUGCAUCUGCUCCAUUGCAUUGGGAAUCAUCACAGAGUUGGUGGUGAUGUACCCAAUUCAGCACCGGAGGUAUAGGGAUGGGAUUGAUAAUCUACUGGUUCUACUCAUUGGAGGCAUCCCAAUUGCCAUGCCCACGGUGUUGUCUGUGACAAUGGCUAUUGGAUCCCACCGUCUGUCACAGCAGGGAGCCAUCACCAAGAGGAUGACAGCCAUUGAAGAGAUGGCCGGGAUGGACGUCCUCUGCAGCGACAAGACAGGGACUCUAACCCUCAACAAGCUUACAGUUGACAAGAACCUGAUUGAGGUUUUUGCAAAGGACGUGGACAAGGAAAGUGUAAUUCUACUUGGGGCAAGGGCCUCUAGGGUGGAGAAUCAGGACGCCAUUGACGCUUGCAUUGUUGGAAUGCUCGCCGACCCGAAAGAGGCUAGAGCUGGAAUCAAAGAAGUGCAUUUCCUGCCCUUCAACCCAGUAGAAAAGCGCACGGCCAUCACGUACAUUGACUCCCAUGACAAUUGGCACAGGGUUAGCAAAGGUGCACCAGAACAGAUUAUUGAGCUCUGCAACCUGAGGGACGAUGUGAAGAGGAAAGCCCAUGACAUCAUCGCUAAAUUUGCCGACCGGGGUCUCCGCUCGCUCGCCGUUGCUCAACAAACUGUACCAGAGAAGAACAAGGACAGUGCUGGAGGGCCAUGGGUGUUUGUGGGGCUCUUGCCUCUUUUUGAUCCACCAAGGCAUGACAGUGCAGAAACAAUUACCCGUGCCCUCAACCUUGGCGUCAAUGUCAAGAUGAUCACCGGCGAUCAGCUCGCCAUCGGCAAGGAGACUGGCCGCCGGCUCGGCAUGGGAACCAACAUGUACCCCUCUUCCUCCCUCCUUGGCCAGUACAAGGACGAAUCCAUCGCCAACCUCCCUGUUGAAGAGCUGAUCGAGAAGGCCGAUGGCUUCGCCGGAGUCUUCCCGGAGCACAAGUACGAGAUUGUGAAAAAGCUACAAGAGAGGAAACACAUCUGCGGGAUGACCGGAGAUGGUGUGAACGAUGCUCCGGCUCUGAAGAAGGCCGACAUCGGCAUUGCAGUGGCUGACGCAACCGACGCCGCCCGGAGCGCAUCCGACAUAGUUCUGACGGAGCCAGGGCUGAGCGUGAUAGUGAGCGCGGUCUUGACGAGCAGAGCCAUCUUCCAGAGGAUGAAGAACUACACCAUCUACGCCGUGUCCAUCACAAUCCGAAUCGUCCUGGGCUUCAUGCUCAUUGCUCUCAUCUGGAAAUUCGACUUCUCGCCCUUCAUGGUCCUCAUCAUCGCCAUCCUCAACGACGGAACCAUCAUGACCAUUUCAAAGGACAAGGUGAAGCCAUCUCCGAUGCCCGACUCUUGGAAGCUAAGGGAAAUCUUCGCCACUGGCAUCGUUCUCGGCACCUACCUGGCAAUCAUGAGCGUCAUCUUCUUCUGGGCUGCUCAAGAAUCCAACUUCUUCCCUGACAAGUUUGGCGUGAGAUCAAUUAGGGACAGCCCCACUGAGCUCACUGCAGCUCUCUACCUUCAAGUCAGCAUUGUCAGUCAGGCCCUCAUCUUCGUAACUCGGUCCAGGAGCUGGUCCUUCAUUGAACGCCCCGGUCUUCUUCUUGUCUCUGCAUUCUUUAUCGCCCAGCUGGUGGCUACGCUGAUUGCGGUAUAUGCCAACUGGGGCUUUGCGAGGAUCAGAGGCAUCGGCUGGGGCUGGGCGGGUGUGAUCUGGCUUUACAGCAUCAUCUUCUACUUGCCGCUGGACGUGUUCAAGUUCUUAAUCCGAUACGCACUGAGCGGCAGGGCCUGGGAUAAUCUCCUCCAGAACAAGACCGCUUUCACAACGAAGAAGGACUACGGGCGGGGAGAGAGGGAGGCACAGUGGGCUCUGGCUCAACGCACAUUGCACGGCCUCCAGCCACCCGAAUCUUCCGACCUCUUCAACGAGAAGAACAGCUACCGGGAACUGUCUGAGAUCGCCGAACAGGCCAAGCGACGCGCCGAAGUCGCUAGGCUAAGGGAGCUGCACACGCUGAAGGGGCAUGUGGAGUCGGUGGUGAAGCUGAAGGGGCUGGACAUAGAGACCAUUCAACAGCACUACACGGUGUGAGAGAGCGGGCAAUAGCCACACAGAUGGCUGGAAGCUUAAGACAAAUGAAGAGAAUAAAGAAGAGGAAUCUGUUUUUUUUUUCUUCUUUGAGCGUUGUUGCUAUGUAUUUUGUCAUUCUUGAUUUCCUCAGGGGCAGGAAAUUAAUAAACCGACCAGAUGACGAUGAUCAUCAGAUUGGUUGGCAACGGCGAUGUACCUUUUCCGAACUCAACCGAAUAAUAC